GGGAAAAAAGAGAGAGAUUGGAGCAUAAACAAGAAGAGAAGACUGGGAUUAGGAUGCUGCUGCUGCCGCCCGCUUAUGUGUGACGGUGGGCUGCCUGUUUGAGCGCCUGCAUGCCGCCUCCUCCUCCUCUCCAUCUCCCUCCCAUAUUCUCUCCUUUGCGCACUCUAUCUUCCCCUUGCUCUUGAUCUGUCACUAGUUCUCUCUCUCUCUCUCAGUGUUCUAGUCGGGCUACUGCAGCAGUCCACGAGCCAGCCAGCCAGCCAGCCAGCCAGCCGCACACAUGGCCAAUUGACACAACUUACUACCUCAGCCAGCUGUGGUGGAGAAAACUAUCAAGUAAGCAUGAAGAAGAACACCAUGGGAGACGACCUAAAAGGAGGACCAGCGAGCCUCGAUCCCUGUUUAUGGAUAUGGAGCUGACUUUGUCUCACAUCCAUUCUCGCUCUCUUUUUUGCUCUUGAGGACAAGCACGCUCUCUCUCACACUUCCGCGAAGCUCCAGCAGUGCAGCGCAUCCCUUAUUCUACAACCGACCCCCCCCCCUACUCCCCGCACCACCAUCUCUCCCACCACCACCACUGCCCCCCUCCCUCAGGAGGAAUAGACGGAUUACUGCUAACUGUGCACACGGCAGCCUGCAGCUGCUCUGACCAGGGCCAGCCCCGACGCUGGGAGGAAGCAAGAGGAGCUCAAAGGAAGGGGAGAAGAGGAAGAGAGAGGGGGCUUGAUUGUGCCUGGAGUUCUUUAGCCUUUUUUCUGUCUCUCAGUCUGUCACAACGGGGCUAAUCACCAGCCGAGCAGUCCUUGGCAAAGUCACACUGAGGGAGGUCUCGCCACCAAACAAGGCAACCAGCAUGUAUCAGGAGACAGUUGGACCAGGAUUUUUUUUGGCAGUUUUCCUCUAACAAGGUGAAGUACAUCAUGGAUCAAUUUCACCUUUGAGAGACUUUGGCCUGGUAGGGUUAGCCAGGGCAGAAGAGGUUUAAGCACUUGGUAAGCCUCGCUGGCCUUACCUGCGCCUGUGAGUGCUCAGUCCUUCCAACCAGGAGCCAUUUUGUACCCUCAGCCAAUCAAGGGUCACUCUCACUUGCAAGAAAACUAAUUCAUGCCGCCGUGACCCAUAGAUGGACUACAUAAAUCAAUGAGACAAUUUUCAAACUAAUGAGCAUCUUCCUGCAUUGUCGAUGGAACUCGGGAGCCUUGAGUUGCUCCAGCCAGGCUAGGGUGAUCCGUCCUCUGGUGUAUGCCGUCUCCCCCCACCAUGCAGAAUAAUGUGCCCUCCACAUCAUGAGUCCUUUGGGCCAGGUUAGUGUGCAGCCUACCUGGAACACAGCCCUGCUUGCCGUGCUCUCCCUCAUGGUACCUGCCCUCAGUAUGUGCCAGUCCAGCAGCCCAGCACUAGGUUCAGCCAACCCACAGAACUGUCCGGGUGUGUGCUCCUGCACCAACCAGCUCAGCAAGGUGGUCUGCACUCGGCGAGGCCUGGUCCGGGUGCCUCCAAAGAUCCCAGCCAACACCAGGUACCUUAACCUGAUGGAAAACAGCAUAGAGACCAUACAGGCUGACACUUUCAGACACCUGCAUCACUUGGAGGUACUGCAGUUGGGCAGGAAUGUUAUCAGGCAGAUUGAAGUGGGGGCCUUCAAUGGCUUGACCAGCCUCAACACCCUGGAGCUGUUUGACAACAGGCUGACGGUGAUACCCAGUGGAGCUUUUGAAUACUUGUCAAAGCUAAGAGAAUUGUGGUUGAGAAAUAAUCCCAUCGAGAGCAUCCCGUCAUAUGCCUUCAAUCGCGUCCCCUCGCUAAUGAGGCUUGAUCUUGGAGAGCUCAGAAAGUUGGAGUACAUCUCUGACGGGGCAUUCGAAGGCCUUCAAAACCUCAAGUACCUCAACUUGGGGAUGUGCAACCUGAGGGAGUUCCCCAAUCUGUCACCACUUAUGGGACUGGAGGAGCUUGAAAUAUCAGAGAAUGUUUUCCCUGAACUGAAACCUGUGGCCUUCCACGGGCUCAAAAAUUUACGCAAAUUAUGGAUUAUGAACUCCGCCAUCACCACAAUUGAGAGGAAUGCAUUUGAUGACAUCACAGCUUUGGUGGAGUUGAACUUGGCUCAUAACAAUCUGUCAUCGCUCCCCCAUAACCUCUUCACACCACUGCAGUAUUUAGUGGAGCUACAUCUGCACCACAACCCUUGGAAAUGUGACUGUGACGUAGUAUGGCUGUCUUGGUGGCUCAGAGAAUACAUUCCCACUAAUUCAACCUGCUGUGGACGCUGCCACACCCCGAGCCACAUGAGGGGACGAUACCUGGUGGAAGUAGACCAGACGACGUUUCAGUGCUCGGCACCAUUCAUCCUGGACGCGCCAAGAGAUCUGAACAUCUCAGCAGCAAGGGUGGCAGAACUGAAGUGUCGUACUGCUGCUAUGAGCUCUGUUAGAUGGCUUCUCCCGGGUGGGACUGUUCUGACACAUGGAUCGGUUCACCCGCGGAUUUCUGUCCUUAACGACGGCACUCUAAACUUCUCCAAUGUUCUGCCGUCAGACACAGGUGUCUACACUUGCAUGGUGAGCAACAUGGCAGGAAAUUCCAAUGCCUCGGCCUACUUAAAUGUCAGCAAUGCCGAACUCAACACAUCAAAUCUGUCCUAUUUUACCACUGUAACGGUGGAGGUUCUCGAGCCAACAGUUGAAGAAACCCCAAAACCCAAGCCUACUGUCCCGGCCUCGCCUUCAGUCUUUAAGCCCGUCUUCAUCUCCACGCCUACUGUGCUGUUCCAAAGCACACAAACGCCAAGGCAGGUGUCAAUACCUACUGCCAGAAUCCCCAGUGGGCCUGCUGCAAGCCUGGAUGAGGUCAUGAAAACCACCAAAAUCAUCAUUGGCUGUUUUGUCGCUGUGACCUUGUUAGCAGCGGCCAUGUUGAUAGCGUUCUAUAAAUUGCGCAAGCGGCAUCAACAGAGGAGCACAGUGGCCGCGGCCAGGACCAUAGAGAUCAUACAGAUGGAGGAGGAGGUUCCUCCGGUGCCACCCACUUCUGGAUCUAGCGGCUCAGAGGAGACGGGAUUGGUAUUGCCAACCUUAGUGGAACACAACAGCAACACCUUUAAGCCUGGCUACGUGUCUCGCCAAGGGGCCUACGGUGCCCACUGGACCCAGAACAACACUCUUCAUCGUUCAACCAGACAGCAUCACAGCCACAUCAGCACCAUAGCGGAUCCUUAUAUGAUUAAGACUACUCAUGGAAAAGAGAAGGUUCAAGAGACCCAAAUCUGAAUCAUGUUCCACAAGGAUUUAUCACUGACUCUCUCCCACCUCUUGUCCAUGUCGUAGAAUGCACAAAGAAAAAAAAAAUGGUCUUUUGUACAGAAGUGCAAAUAAGAGACACUUCAUGUUUCUUGUACAUGCCUAUACAUAAUAUAUCACUUUAAAAAAUACAAAUAUAUAUCUAUAUAUGAGAUGACCAGGCAGCGGCAAGACAUGCAGAUUUUAUUAGAGAAGAAAGAAAUUUGAGACUAUUUUCUAAUAACUGGUAACCUCUGUUGAAAGAUUGCUUUAGUGUUUGAGGGUGGUUCAUGCAGAAAAGGAGGCAUAUAGUUUGUUCUGGACCAUAUUUAGGAUGCAGUAAAAUAUGGAUCUUUAUAUACAGCCCCGCAUUGAAAGCUCCAUUUUUUUUACUGUGCCAAAUGUGAUAUGCAAUAAAAUGGUAUUAACCCACAAAGGAAAACGCAAAAAGACACAAAAGUAAAAUGAAUAGAUUUCGACAUUUGUGUAAGCAUAGCAGUGCGAUGGCACAGAUAGAACAUGUGCUGUUCAAAUGCUUUUUGACUGCAGUGCAUUUCUGCAGCUAAGGUUCACCCUGUGUUUGCUGAUGUCACGCUCUGACAGUUGUUUUAUCUCAACAUUUUAAUUCUAUGUACUUAUGGCACAUCAAACAAACAUGCAGACUAAUAGCAGUUGUUGCAAAUACUGUACUUUGUUUGUCAUUGGUUGCAUUUUUGUGUUGUUUCUUUCCCCCUUUUAGGUUUUGCUUCUUAAUGGCUUGUGUAGUGUUUAGGGCUAAUUUAGUAAUGCAUUACAGCAGUUGCCUGACUUGUCUCUGCAAGGGCUCAUUCUGAUGCUAAUUUUUCAGCGGAACUGACAUGUGGUGCAGUGAUACAGGGCUUUGCGGACCAUUCUGCUUUUUUUUGGGAGGGAAAAAGGAUUGAAGUUAAACACAAUGAAUGUCUGUCUGAUACCCGGGGCUUUUCCAUGGACUACAUUGACUUUGUUUUACCAGUUUAUUUUCAAGGAACACUAUUUUUAUGGAGAGACAAAAAAGAGGCUAUGAAAAAUAAAACCUUUUCAUUUGUAUUUCUUGAAACAGAAACACUUUCAUCUGAUGUCUUUUGUGUGUAAUUGUUUAACAGUAAAGAGCGGGGACAGGAUUGUAAAUCUACCCCCAAACCUCCCCCAUUUUACGCUCUCCUAUGCAUUUACUCGGUGUCUGCAUGAAUGGGUCUUUAAGUAGCUGGUGUACAAUGCUGCAUUAUACCCCACAGUGGGGCUCUAUGCAGGUCAGAUAGGCUGUUGGUCUUUGAUGCCUCCACUUAGUUCUUCUUAAAAAAAGAGUUUAAAAAAUAUAUGUAUCCCACAGUUCUGCAGUUUGUGGGUUUCUUUCCCUUACGUACAUUUGCAGGAUCCACUAUGUAAGGUAGCAUUGCUCAAUCAACAAAUUAAUGAGCGUUUCAUCAGUGCAAGUGAAAUGUUGUCCGAACCAUGACAAGUAGAUUUAUUGUUACUAUCAACGUGUCAUGGCAUCAGACAGCUGAACGCUUCAUUUGGGUGACAAAUGCGGUGACUCAAAGACAUACAGUACGACCUUAAUAUGUUGUGCCGUCUAUACUAGUAUACAAGCACAGUCCAGUCAUUCCAUAAUGCUGCAGACAUUUGUCAGAUGCUCUUCAAACCCUGCAGCUAGAUAACCAUUUAGAAAAUGUUGCCGACAGACACACACACACACACACACACACACACACACACACACACAAAAUUCAUCCUGCUGAGGCUAUUUGCAGAAAUUAAAGUCCGACCCCUGUGAUAAUUAUAGAGCAUGUUGAGUUGGCAGGAACAGCAAGGCUCCACUCAACAGCUUCGGGCUGGAGUUCUUUUGCUGAUCACAAAGGGUUGACGAUAGUCCAAAUUACUUUAUGAGAAGCUACACCCAUGUUUCGGUCUUAGAUGUUUUUCUUAAUUAACAUGAUUUUUUUUUUUUUUUUUUUCAAAAAAAGGAAAGCAUAUCUUAAUUUUGAAUUUAGAUGUUUUGUAGUUAUUAAGUUUGGGUACUUUUGGACGUAAAUUUCAUUUCAUAGGUAUUUUUAAAAUUAUUUUCAAAAUUUAAUUAAAUAAUUUAAAAUAAGACAAAUUCAUGUAAUCAAAAAUAUCGGUAGGUUUUGGACAAUAUGUUCAUUUUAUACGAUAUUAAAAAAAUAUAUAAAUUUUGCCUUUAUUUCAUAUUACAGUAUCUUUAUUUAUUAUAUAUGUAUAUAUGUGUGUUUAUGUUUAUGUUCAUUUUAUUUGCAUUAUUAGGGGAUUUUGUUUUGUAAAACGAAUGAAUUUUAAAAAAGCAUAUUGAAGUUAAAAAAAUACAGUAGGUGCUUUUUGUACUACUUAUAGUAAAUAUAUUUUAUAGUAAACAAUACUAACAUAACUUCAUAAAACUUAGAUUUUAAGGUUGGGGCAUACGUUUUAAUAAAAUUAAUAAGAUAAGGUCAUUCAAAAGUAUAUGAAUUUUGUACUAAAUCCAGUCCAUUCAUUUUGUACAAAAUAUAUUUUGACAUAAUUUGCUAGCGGUUAUGUUUUCAGGUUAAAAAAUUGAGUUAAUAAAAUUAAUUCAUAAAAUAAUAUAGCUAUAUAAGGUGAUUAAAAAUGUGUACUAAUUACAGUGCAUUAAUUUUGUACAAAAUCAAACAAAAAUAUUUUGCCAAUUUUAUAGCGGUAUGUUUUACGUCUAGGGCAUACGUUUAAUGUAAAAUUGUGUCACUCCAUAAAAUCAGGUAUUCAUUAUGUGCAAAAUUAAAAAAAAAAAAAAACAUUUUGAAAAAACUUUCAUCCGCUUAUCUUUUAUCCUUUUGCAUACAUUUUUUAAUGCAUUAUACAUGAAUCCAUUAAAAAUGAGGUCAUUUCAAGCAAUCAAAAAAUGGUGAGUUGGUAAGUUCUGUACUAAUUAAUUUGCAUUCAUUUUGUACAAAAUCCUACUAAAUUAUCAGGGGACCAGGCUCUAUUAAUAGGACUGAAUAACAGUCGCUAUACAUCUGGUUCAGCAAAACAGGGACAGUAAUUAUGUAACAGUCAGGCGUACAGAUUGAAUGGGAGCAGGUUAUGUCAGAAUGAAACAUGGCUGGUUAGUUAAGCGCACCAGGCAGGGUGUGUGUACAGGUGGACCAACAAGGAGAUGGAGCGGCCAUGUUUGUAGAUGGAUGCUUCAAACACUAUCGUGCAAAAAAAAAACCCACACUUGAUGUGACUCCUAUCAAAUAAUUGAACACCACACAUUUACCUCAAAUAGUUAGCACCAGUACAUUUGAGGACCAAGGGUAUUACGGUAAUAAAAGCGUUCCGUUGCAUAACAACAGUUAUUUCAAAAACAAAACCAACCAUCGUGUUUAAGAGAAAGCUUUAGCAGCAUUCGCGUAAAUCUUUUCACAUCCGCUACAUCCGUGUAUGUUGUACAUGUUAUUGCUUUGGUCAUUUACCAAAUGUUCAAAACGGUGAAUGGGGGAGGUGUGGUCUGAUGUGAUACGUGACUGGACAUAUGUGGCGGUAUAAAAUAUGUUUAUAUAUUGACUGUUUUAUACUUUUGGCCUUCUGCUGCUAUGCAAACUGUACCUACGCCACUGAAAACUGUCUUUAGCAUUAACAUGUAGACUUGAAAACCAUACUUACCAGUACUUGUACAAUUUGUACUAUGUUUUCAUUUAUUCCACUGUAAUAUUCCGGACAAAUUCCGCUGUCUACCCAUACAGUUGGAUCAUCAUGUCGGUGCUAUGCCUUUUCUGGAUAUGACUUUCUUCAGCCCUGUGAUUGGCUAAUACGGUUACAGUUAGGGGUAACACAGCAUAGCUUAAUGUUAGUUUUUUUUUUUUUUUCACCAGAGUACAUAUACCGUAAAGCACCGUGUAUAAACCGCACCCGUGUAUUAACCGCACCCCCAUUUUCAGGCUCACGGCGGGGAAAAAACAUUUUUUAGUUCAUAAAUGCUUGCCAACUCUUUCAUCUCAAAUCAACAUGCGUAAAGGUACUAAGCAAUUUCAAAAAGAAAAGGAAAGAAGAAAUCUGAACUUCGGCAUCUAGAUCUUUAAUAUUAUGGCUAAGCACAGAUUAAUAAUAAUAAUAAUAAUAAUAAUAAUAAUAAUAAAUCAAAAUAAAGAAAUUUGCAAUUUUCAGAGAUGUUUUGAUAUCUUAUCGUUCGCUGCUUCUCUUUUUCUCUAUUAUUUUAUUGCAUUGCUUCAGUGUGAAUUUGAAUAAACUCCAACAUUGUAUUGUAUUUUACAUUGGAAGCUUAGGUUAGCUUCAGUGUAAAUAGACAUCGCUUCACUGUGUGAAAAUACAGACAGCCGUCAGAUAAGUUAGUUGCAUACACAAGCGUUUUCAGCAACUGUACAGCAGAGGGCGCUAAAGUUAAAGCAACUGUCUAACCCACAGACGGCUAUUCUAAAAUGGGUUUGUAGUCAAUUUCUGCGUCUGGUCACAGACCUGUUAUCGUGUAUAAACCGCACCCCGAUUUUUUGCUUCUUACCAGUGGAAAAAAGUGCGGUUUAUACACGGUGCUUUACGGUAACUUUAAAAUUAACUUUAAACAAAAGACCCCUGCGAUCCCAUGUGUAAUUGUGGAGAAGUAGUACACAAGAAGUGGUACAUCUGGCCCAAGCUACACUUUUUUCCCGAUCUUAGUAGUACAUUUGGCCCAGGCCACAGUUUCCAGUACUUCACACUGUCAUGAUCAAUAGGGGCUGCAGUGCCUGAAAAGAGACUCUAUUUAAACUCUCUAAUGCGCAUGAUAAUGAUCCACCUGGAACACUGGCAAUUGCAUUUUUUUUUGGUUUUCUUUCACCAGGGUAUAAACAUGGCACCGUCAACCGUUGGUUUCACAGAUGCCUGUGCUAUUGUCAAGGGUUAAGAGGUAGAACAUUGGAGUGGAAGUGUUAUUGUGGUAUCUAGUGUUCUCCCUGGUAACAUCAAAAAGGGUUAUUGUCAGUCUUUUCUCUCAGAUGCAGUGAUAUGUCUUGCAGUUGAGUCAGUCAUGAUUGAUAUAUCGUAGUACAGCAGCCAUCUUCUCCUCCAUUGCUUUGUGUUUUGCUUCUGUUGUUCAAACUGUCAAAAAAAAAAAUCCUUAGACAUAUCCAGCAAAAAAUGUUUAACUUCUUAUUACUGAACGAUCAUUGGCCUGCUUUUCAAUUGUUGUUCAAGUAGUCGGUGAGCAGUCUACAUGACGAUCAUAUUAGCAUUGCUGAAGUGUUUGUGUGUGUGUGUGUGUUUACGUGUUCAUCAUACAGUGUUUUCUGUAACACAGUGCAGAGUGAGCAAAUGUCAUUUAGUAAUACCGAAUUCGAUUUUUGGUGUGACAGAAUAUUGAAUUCACAAAGUCACUCAAAAUUUGAAUAUGUUAAUAUGUUUAUUUUAAAAAUUAAUAAUGUUUUAAAAAAGAACUUUUUUUAUAUACAACUUUUGUUCUCAAAAAUAUAAACCUAACAUAUGACUUUAUUCCUGCCGUAUAUUUGUUUUUCUUUUAAGGGUGCCCUAAUACUCCUUAAUACAAAGCACAUGAGGAGGAUUGAACUGAAAGAGCAACAACUGACAAUUUAUUUAAUUUGUGGCUAUAAAAAUAUAUAGUUAUUGUUUGGUUUACUGAUGAAAAAAAAAAAACAACAACAACAAUCAAUGAGGCCUAUUAAGAUUAUUAUCAUUGUAAUCAGUUCUUUUGGCACUGUUGUCUUGUUACUAAAGCACUUUUUCCCAUAAUGAAAAUUGGUCAAACCAUAGUUAGGACACUAUAGUAGAAUACAAUUAGGAUUAAAAACCUAUUUGUCUCUCCUUGAGGCAACUGUUACAAAUGACAGCAGAUUCCACCAGUUUUCAGCAGCCUGUCGGAAGCCUACACUAUCCAUAUUAGCAAGGCACAGCAGAGAUAAAAAGAAUUAAGUGCCACUACAAGCAGUCGUUUGUCUGUGUAGCUCAAUGGGAUCUAGUAGGGGGGGAAAAAAGCCAACAGGCGAGAUGACAUGCGGCGGCUAACGCGGUUUGAGCUAAAGGGUUUGCUGCAAAAGUGAGUCCUUGAGCCUCAAGAUCUAUAUCUGUUAAUGAAGUCUCAAGCAGCAGCCGUACCAGGCAGCACAGUAAGUCUGCCCAAGUAUCCCUGGUGACUAUGGUUUCCAAUUCCCUGAGAAAUAAAUAAAGGACACCUUGUUGGCAGGGUAAUACGGGACAACUUGCAUCCCUUUUUAGCUCAAUACGGAACACAGACUUUUGUUUCUAAAUGCGGGAUGAUUCCGUUUACCGAGAGAUGGUUGGCAGUCCUGGUGGUGACUGAUGCUUUUCUGCACCCACAAAGAAAUUUGGAGUAAUGAUUCAUGGCAGUGCUAUUGAGAAAUAGUCUAGACUCAAAUUCUCAGCUCAUUUUAUUUUCAUUGCUUGACUAGUAAGCCAGCAUGUGACCACACUGUGCUACCUGCAAACUACAUUUAGUAUGAGUCUCCGAUGUUAUUCUCAAGUGUGAGCUCACUCGUUUUGAUGCAAAAAGGCAGUCAAAUUAACAACUAGGCCUCCAUACUGUUUGUUUGUUUCACUUGUGCUUUUCUUUCUAGUCUUGCUUUUGAUUUUGUUCGUCUUUCACAAACAUAAACAUUACAUGAGUGUCUUGAAAGUGCGAACCAUGAAAUAUCAUAACUCCUGUAACCUGAAAUGUUAUUUUACUAAGGUGCAGUUAUGAGCAUACUGUAUGUCCUAUCAAACACAACUUUUCAAUGAAAGUUCUGAAAGUCGCUGAUGUCUUUUUGUGUUGUAUGACAAUUCUAUGAUGUAGGAUUUAUGCAGUUGGAUUGUAAGGGCCAUAUCAACACACUCCACUGAGAAUCUAAUUAAUCUAAUUAACUGAUCACAUUAGAAUUACUAAAUGGUUAGGAUUAAUGCAUAUCUUCCGGAAGUUUAAACAGACACUCCUUUCAAAUAACCUAAAAAUUACAGUACUUCACAUAUGUUUAUACCACUUUGUAUGGAAAUGACCAAAAAUAGCUAUACAAAGACAAUACAAUAUUGCAGCGUCAUAUUUGUGUCCAAUUAAUGGUUAGUUAGCAGGCUACUUCUUGGCUCAAGGAUGAUAAUGACUAAACAGACAGUGCCACUAUAAUUUUAGUGGAUAACGGUGUCAUUGAUGCCACAUUGACUUGAAAUGGCAAAUUCCUGUAUCAGCACCUUUUAUCCAGACUCUCACCAUAAUGUAUUGGAUCGUCAGACCAUGCUUCACAUUGCAUGUUUUGUGCAAUCUUCCUAACUGUAUCUGUACUGCAGUGUUAACAUGAUUCUUGUAAAAAAUGUCAAUUGUCAUACAAUAAGACUUUUUCACACUAUUGUAUGCUGGUUUUCAAAUAUAUUUAAAAAUGCUUAUUGAAUAUUUUAUAUUGAAUAUAAAUAUUGAAUGCUGCUUGCAAUGGUAAGAUGGAUUGUAGUGGUGAUUGAGAUAUCCUGACAAAUACAAAGUGAUGAUUUAAAAAAAAAAUACUAAAUGUAGAGUAAAUCUUGUAAAUGUAAGUACAUUUAAAUAAUAACAUUUAAAUUAAAAACAAUUAAAUAAGGCCAUAUAUGUAAUUUAUGGCCAUUGUUUUAUGUUGCCUUUUUGCAAAUAUUUGGCUCAAUUUCUUUUUUUCACAAAAAUAAAGACAAUUCCAAAAAAAUACACUGAAAAAAUAGUGCCUAUGCAGAAAAUGAUUUUUUUUUUCUCUUUUCUUCAGCAUACUCAACUUUUGUUUCUCUCGACUUUUUGAAAUGUAUGAAGCUGGUUCUGUCUCCAUAUUUUACACGAGUGUUGGGAAAAUGUACAUACAUUUAGCCUUUUAUGCAAAAUAUUAUCCAAAUUGCUGUGCUGAAUAAAGUGAGUAACCAUGUGUGUGUGUGUGUAGCAGUAAAGUAUCAAGGCCAGACGUUUCGUUGCAGGAUGUGUGACUCAUGUGUUUUGCGGAGUGGAGAUAGGACGCCCUGUCUCUGGUUGAUAGUGUAAGUAGAAGAAUCAGUUUCAACCAGCGCCAAGAAUGUUCCCUCCCUUUAGCGGUUGAAACUGCAUGUAACUAGGGCAUACCCAAAGCAAAAUAAAAGGGCAACGAGACAGAGGCUGACUCAGAGUGGGUUGGAGGAUUGUAUCUGAGCAGUCUCUGAUCACUCUCCUUGCAAGUAAAACUGUA